GAAAAAUAAUUUGGAAAUUUCCAUGGAAAUAUUAUUUUCAGUUUCGAAUAUUUAUUGUUUUUACAAUUCAGAAAACUAAACAAUUUAUUUGUUUAAAAAAAUAUGGUGAGCCCAUUAUUUCCAUCGCUAACACCACGUUAUAUUGAUGAACAUUGGUUCCAUUAUGAUCAAUUAUUUGAAGAAGAUCGUACAUUAUCUGGAUUGGAAAAAGAAUAUCAUAAUCUAAUAUCGGAAAUUGAAAAUCGUGCCUACAACAAUAGCCAGGAUACUACAAACGUUUAUUCAGAUGCCGAUGAUGAUGACGACGAUGAUGGUGACGACGAUAUGGACAAUAAUGAUGAUGAUGAUGUUGAUGAUAGUGAAGAUAGCGAUGAUAAUGAUGAUGAAUUCGAGGAUGAUAUAUUCAAUGUUUCCAUACAAGCUAAUCAUAUUUAAAAAUUAAUAAUUAAUAAAUAAUUCUGAAAAUUUAA